GUCUGAUUCUUUUUGCCUUCUCCUGUCUGUCGAGGUAGACUGCAAUGAGAAUAACCUCUCUUAUCCUCUUCAUCUUCGCCAUCUUCGCCAUUUCUCCAGUGAUCGCGGGCACAAUCACUCCUCCCACUGACGAUACUCAGAACUCCAAAUCCAGAAACCAACUCUUCGACACUUCUAACUAUGGAAAGCUUCAGCUUAGCAACGGCUUAGCCUUAACUCCUCAGAUGGGAUGGAAUAGCUGGAAUUUUUUUGCUUGCCAAAUCAAUGAGACAGUAAUUAAGGAGACAGCUGAUGCACUGAUCUCAACUGGCCUGGCUGAUUUAGGCUACAGGUAUGUUAAUAUAGAUGACUGCUGGUCUUCACUAUUGCGCAAUUUAAAGGGUGAGCUUGUACCUGAUAAAAAGGCUUUUCCUUCUGGCAUUAAAGCCCUUGCAGACUAUGUACAUGAAAAAGGCCUCAAGCUUGGUAUUUACUCUGAUGCUGGGGCUUUUACAUGUCAAGUUCGACCUGGCUCUCUCUUCCAUGAGGAAGACGAUGCAAAGAUUUUUGCUUCUUGGGGUAUUGACUACUUAAAAUAUGAUAAUUGUUUCAAUUUGGGGAUCAAACCUGAGAAACGUUAUCCUCCCAUGCGUGAUGCCUUAAACGCAACUGAACGGGUUAUUUUCUAUUCCAUUUGUGAAUGGGGAGAAGAUGAUCCAGCCUUAUGGGCUGGCAAGGUUGGUAAUAGUUGGAGGACAACAGAUGACAUAACUGAUACAUGGGAUAGUAUGACUGCCAUUGCUGACAUCAAUGACAAAUGGGCAUCAUAUGCCGGGCCAGGUGGAUGGAAUGACCCUGAUAUGCUAGAAGUUGGUAAUGAUGGGAUGAACUAUUCAGAGUAUCGAUCGCAUUUCAGUAUCUGGGCUUUGAUGAAGGCUCCUCUUUUGAUUGGCUGUGAUGUAAGAAAUAUGAGUGCUGAAACAGUGGAAAUCUUGAGUAAUAAGGAGGUCAUUGCGGUGAAUCAAGAUCCUCUUGGUGUUCAAGGGAGAAAGGUCUCAGUUACAGGCAAUAAUAACUGCAGUCAGGUAUGGGCUGGACCGCUAUCGGGUGAGCGCACGGUUGUAGCAUUGUGGAAUCGAUGUUCAGAUGCUGCCAAAAUCACUGCCAAAUGGGAAAUUCUUGGACUCGAGACAUCCACCAGCUUCUCUGUAAGAGAUCUAUGGAAGCACGAGACUGUAGCGGAUAAUGUUUUUGGAAGCCUCGCAGCUUCAGUUGAACCUCACGACUGCAAGAUGUAUAUUCUAAGCCCUUCUGUUUCUCGCACUUCUUAUUAAUGAUGCUGUUCUGUAUAAGCAUAAUAUUAUCAUGGACAUAAAUCUUAGCAACUUUGAUGCUUCACAUAAGCAUAUUAUUAUCAUGAAAAUGCUUCCUUUUUCAUGAUUUAACUGUAUUUUUCUAAUCUUAAAAGCUGAGAUCUGAUAUUUGGAUCGCCGCGAUGAACAUUUGCAAUUCGUCA